UAAAUUUUGGACCACCUCUCGCAGUCAUAUUCUAACCUGAAAGAAGGAAAAUAAUUUUCCUCCUUGUUUUUCUUCAAUUUUUCGAGAAAAUUCCAAUCCUGUGAAAAUGACAGCGUGGCGCCAGGCUGGUCUUACGUACAUCAACUACUCCAACAUUGCUGCCCGGACUCUCCGGAGGGCCCUGAAAGCAGACCUGAGGGCUGAUGCUGCCAAGCGGGAUGAGACUCACAUCAAAUUCAAUCCAUGGGCAAAUGGAAAACCAGUCAGUGAAAAGUAGAGGGUUUUUUGAGCACCUGGUGCUCUCUCUGUAAGUCAAUGAGACCUCCUCGGAAACAGCUUCAUCGUCGUAAUUCAAGAGAUUUGGUAUUGAAAUGAGGAAGAGGACUGGAGAGAGUCAACCCAUUUGGGAUUUAUCUUAGAUGAAUAAAAUUUGCUGAAUGCGAUAAAAAAUUA